GAGAGAGAGUGAAUGUUUGUGUUUCCAAAAUAGGAAAAGAAAGAGCGCUGGCUCUAAUGGCGACGACUUUCCCAAAACACACAUUGGCGCGCAUCCAAAUAAUGUAAAAUAUAUGUACAUUAUUUUUAGCAACAAGAGCUUUUUAAAAUUUGUAAAAAGUCAAAGUUUGCAUUGAAACUAUGGCCAAUUUACGCAAUAAAUAAACGCGUGCAAUGCUUAAACUGUUUUAUGUUUAAUUUUGUUUAACUACAAAAAAAUUUUUGCUCGUUUCUAAUAUUUUUUUUAUUAAUCGGAUUAAAAAAUAUUUUUUUUUCUUUUUUUAGAAUUGAAAGAAAAUUUGUAAAAAUUAUUUUAUUGUACAUUUGUUUAAGCCCUGUUCAAAAUGGAAGACAAAAGUAGAAGAGGAAAUACGCCUGCUCAUUCUAGAGAGGUUAUAGCUUCAAGAUCAGAACAUGCAGUCAGCAAACCCAUUAUGGUACAGGCACGUGGUCCUCAUUAUGGUGCAUCGGUGGUUUCGCCAAAAUCAAUUGGAGGCGAACAGUCUGGACUUUGUCAUCAAAUGCUUGAGAAUGUUUUGUCGUCUUCACCUGGAAGUCUUAAUGCAAAAUUUGGUGGAAUUUCUAAAAAUGGGAAACCUUCCAAGUUGGCCACAUCUGAAAACAUGGACAAAAAUGGCAUUACAACAACAAACGUGCCACGAACAAGUUAUCCCUCAACGACAACAACAAUGGUCUCAUCAUCUACACAAAUCACUUCAACUCAUUCUCAGCCUGUACCUAUUCCAAAUCCUUAUUCUAAUGUUGGAGGGGCAGAUAUUAUUGGUGGAUGUCAUAUGAUUGGAACGCCAGAAUUUAGUCAGUAUCCUUUCAUGGUUCCUGGUCAACCAGGCACUCCAAUAAUUUAUGCAACAAGACAAAAUGCUUCUGUCCUUGGCUCAACACCAACAAAUUAUGGUUAUGGCUCUUGGGAACACGCUGUAAGCAAUCCAAUCAUGGUACAAGCACGCGGCCCUCAUUAUGGUGCAAUGAUGGUUUCACCAAAAUCUGGAGAACAAUCUGGUUUAUGUCAUCAAAUGCUUGAAAAUGUGCUGUCAUCGUCACCUGGAAGUCUGAAUGCUAAAUUUGGUGGAAUUUCUAUUAAUGAUAAGCCUUCAAAGCUGGCAACUGUUGAUAUGAGGAAUCACCCUUCAACAACAUCAACAAUGGUUUCAUCUUCUCAAAUGGCUCAAGUUCAUUCACAGCCUGUCCCAAUUCAAAAUAAUUAUUCUGGAGUUGGUGGUCCUGAUAUGGGUGGUGGAUGUCACAUGAUUGGAACUCCAGAAUUUAGUCAGUAUCCUUUUAUGGUUCCUGGACAACCAGGUACUCCAAUACUUUAUGCAACAAGACAAAAUGCGGCGACUAUUCUUGGUUCAACACCGCCAAAUUAUGGUUAUAGUUCUUGGGGUUAUCCACCACCACCUCAAGCAGCGCCUCCGCCACACCAUCAUCAUCACAAUGGGACAAUAUUGCCUCCAGUUGGCGGCCGUGUUCCUCUUGUACAGACACUUUCUGAUCGUGCUUCUUCAAAUUUUCGUCCAAACAGGACACCAGGUACUCGCGUUCCUCUUAACACUCUUCACACCAAUUCUCUUCAUGGUAACGAAGAGAUACAACACUCUAGAGGUGGAAAUGUUGCUGCUCAUCGUUCUCAACUUUUGGAUGAUUUUCGAAAUAGUCGAUUGCCUCAUUUGCAACUUAUGGAUUUGGGUGUGUAUGUAGUGGAAUUUGCUCAGGAUCAACACGGAUCACGUUUUAUUCAACAAAGGCUUGAAAGAGCAAAUGCUAAAGAAAAACAAUUUAUUUUCGAUGAAGUAUAUCAACACGCUUUGCACUUGAUGACUGAUGUUUUUGGUAAUUAUGUCAUUCAGAAAUUCUUUGAAUACGGCACUGAUGAACAAAAACGCAAAUUGAUGCAAAUAGUCCAAGGAAAUGUUAUGAAUCUUGCUUUACAAAUGUAUGGAUGUCGAGUGAUUCAAAAAGCUUUGGAAUCAGUUGAUCAGGACUGUCAAAUGGAAGUUAUAAAAGAAAUUAGCAAUCAUGUGCUUAAAUGUGUUAAGGAUCAAAAUGGAAACCAUGUGGUGCAAAAGAUCAUUGAGAGAGUGGAGCCUCAACAACUUCAAUUCAUCAUUGAUGCGUUUACUAAAGGAGCACCUGACACUGUCUGUUCGCUUUCUUCUCAUCCUUAUGGAUGUCGUGUUAUUCAACGCGUUCUUGAACAUUGUACAGAAGAACAAAAGAGACCAGUUCUUGAGCAAUUACACGAAAACAUCUUUACACUUGUAACAGAUCAAUAUGGCAAUUACGUAAUUCAACACGUUAUUGAACAUGGAAUUUCUUUGGAUCGAGAACGUAUUGUAAAGUGUUUACGUGGUGAUGUACUCAAAUAUGCUCAACAUAAAUUUGCUUCUAAUGUAAUUGAAAAAUGUUUAAUUUGUGGAACAACUGAACAGAAAAAUAUUUUGAUUGAUGAAGUUUGUAAUGAUGAUGGAGCUCCAAAUCCACAACUUCUUGAAAUGAUGAAGGAUCCAUUUGCAAAUUAUGUGGUCCAAAAGAUGCUUGAUGUUUCAGAUAGUGCACAUCGAAAGAAAAUUAUGUUUUCCAUCAAAAGUCACAUUCCUGCUUUGAGAAAAUUUAAUUAUGGAAAGCACAUUAUCGCCAAAUUGGAGAAAUAUUUUCAAAAGACGAAUCCUGGUGUUCCAUUUAGUUUAAUAUCUGGAGAACAAUCACCACAACAACAAUUUUCCAAUACAUCAGUCAACACAGCUGUUUCUAAUAAUAAUAAUAAUUUUGAGAAUGGACCGCCAAUAUAUUAAAAAAAGAGGAAAAAAAUGAUGGUGAGAUGUGACUGAUUAAAAAAAUUUUUUUUGCAGCAACUUGUGUAUGAAAGUGAAAAAGUUAACAAACAAACACACAAAGAUUGACAAUUUUCAGGGGCAUCACACACAGCAACAAAAAAGAGAAAAAUUUCAAUUUGUAAUAUGCGCAAAACAAACAACUACGCAAAUAUAUAUUUAUUUUAAUUUGGCAAAAUAAUAUACAAAUUAUGUAUUCUCGUAUAUUUUUCGGGGUUCUAUUUUAGGGCAUUCGACCUCUAGAAGCUUUUAUGGGUCUCAUGAUCGUUCAAGAUUCCUAUUAGCGUUUACGCAUCCCAUCAGCAUAUACUUUACUAGGUGUCGGAAAAAGACAGGAUCCGUGAUUCCGCAUGGGAUUUCAGAAGUUUAUCCAGGGAUCCCAGGUUUUAUGCAACGAACUGAUUAUAUGAUUAAUCGUCUGGAUCCCGCGAAUGCGAUCUUACUGGACUAUCAGCACUUACUA